GAUGCCGGGGCCGUGCCAGUUCCUGCCGGGACGGUGACCCCCCCCCCCACCGAGGAGGUGGCCACAGCCCCGGUGGGGACGAUGGCCAAGCGGCUACUGGUGGCCUACGGGCUGUGGGCGCUGGGGGGGCCGCUGGGGCUGCACCACCUCUACCUGGGCCGGGACAGCCACGCGCUGCUCUGGAUGCUGACGCUGGGCGGCUUCGGUGCCGGUUGGCUCUGGGACUUCUGGCACCUCCCGGGUUGGGUGGCCACCGCCAACGGGGCCAGGGUGGCCGGGGACCGCGCUGGGAGCGUGCCGGCCCUCAGCCCCCUGCGCCUGGUGGGGGGAGUGACGGUGGGGAUGUAUUUCGGGCUGGUGGCGGCGCUGGGCCUGCCCUGGGUGCCGGCGUUGCUGGCACAACCCCUGGCCGUGGGGCUGGGGGUGCAGCUGGUCUCCUCGGUGGGCGACCAGACGGCGGAGGUGCCCAGCGUCCUGGCCACCGCCUUCCUCGCCUCCCUCCUCUUCCAGGGCCGGGUGCUGGCGGUGCUGCCGGUCAGCCUGGCCGCCAGCGUGGCCGCCCAGCGUCACCGGCGCUACAAACCCCCCGGGACCCCUCAGCCCCGGCUGGCUGCCCGGCUCUACCACCUGGGGUUGGCCUGCCUGGCUUUCGUUGCCCCCCUGGCCUGCCGGGGUGCCGCCGGGGUGCUGGGCACCCUCCUGGCCAUUCCCCGUGCCGCCACCGAGCUCCUGCUCCUGCCCCUCCGCGCCGGCCGGCUCCUGGUGGAGACCCUGGGCUUCUCCGGGGGGUCUUCGGUGUGGGAUCGUGGCACCGGCUUUGAGGCCAGCGGCUGGAGCCAGCGGCAGCAGCGGGCGUACGAGGUCCUGGGGCUCCCCAUGGGCUCCCCCGCCGAGGACGUGCACCGGAGCUACCGGGAGCUGGUGAAGGUUUGGCACCCGGACCACAACCCGCACCGGGCCAAGGAGGCCGAGCGGCGCUUCAUCGAGCUGCAGGAGGCCUACGAGGAGCUGGCGGGGCCCAGGAGGGCGGCCCCGGGGGGGUGACACCGGGGUCCGAUGAACAACGAGGGUUCCUCUC